GGCGGCGGUAGCAGUGCAGUGCCAUGGCAGUGAUUGGGCACUGGGUGGCUUCUUUCCUGCUAUGUUACUUGGUACCUCAAGCAUCAGUGACUUUGCUAUGCAAGAUGGCCAUGAUGUCCGAUUUCACCUGCGGCUUCUUACUCUUAGCGAAAGUGGAAGGUGUGGCGGUCUUCCCCUGGUACUUGAGCACACCGCCACCGGCCGCCAAUGCGACCAUCCAGUACUGGAAAGAAAGCGGCCAGUGGCUUCCGGGGGUGGAUGAAACUGCGUCACAAGGGUUUCUCGGCUUUGCGGCACUGUUUCCCAUGUAUUUGGACAUCCCCUACUCCCACAGCGUGCUAGGUAUGGCGAUUAUUGGCCUCCUGGUUGCCAUCAUUGCAUGGCUACGUUAUGGUAUUGGAUUUGCCUACGCCAUGGCCAUCUUCUUGGCUGCCAUCAGCCACCCCGUGCUGGACAUGUUCUUCCACGAUGCGUAUGUCCUUGCCGGGAACCGCGCGGUGAGUCGUGUGACCGUCAACUUUUGGCAGAUUUACUAUAUGGAGCCGGUGGCAUUUCUUCUGGAGUGUUGCUUGGCCUAUGGCGGCUAUCGCCUUUGGUGGUCUACCCGCAAAGCCCGGGGCAGCGACGAGGUGGCUAAGAAGAUCGCGUAUUACAAGCGAAGCUGGGGCAAACACCAACCGGCCGGAUUUCGCCUGGAAAAUUGGGGGAACUUUCACAUAGCUAUGGUAUAG